UAUUCUUGUGAACCUCGUCUGUACAGAUGGCAUACCGGUAAUGCUACAAUAAAAAACGUCCCUAUAUGUGGAGACUACUGCGAUUCUUGGUAUGAAGCGUGUAAAGAUGACGAAACAUGCAUAAAAAAUUGGUUAAUUGGCUUCGAUACUCCGGAUAACACGUGUCCAAAAGACGCUAAAUGUCAAACAUUUAAGGAGAUGUACGGCAGUGGCAAAGAGGUAUGCAAUAAGAUGUGGGGAACAUCAUUCCGUUAUGUUGACCCAAAGUGCCCAUGUAGUAGAAUGGAUCAACCUAUUCCAAGCAACGUUGAUGAAACAUCCACUUGCUCAGGUGGUGAAAAAAUGAUGGCCUCGUUCUAUGGCUUUUAUCUCAUCAUUUUCAUGGCUAUUAAGUUGUCUUAGUUUUUGUCUACUUUAUCACUUUUUUAUUUACUCGGAGAAGCGUAAACGUUUAGGUUUAAUAUUUAGAAUUCAGUAACCUUGUGAUUAGAAUAACAUCAGGCAUAAGAAUACUGAUAUAUGUACGUAUUCAAAUGUCAGUAUUAAAAAAAAAAAAUUGUUUGAAAAAUGGACAUGAGGCAGUAAACCAUUUACGCAAUAUUUAAGAUAAUGAUCAAUGUAUUUACAGUUGCAAUAAAAAUGUCUUAGUUUAUGGUUGAAUUUACAGAAAACUUCGAAACGGCUUCUGCAAACUAUUGACAGUAUUGUUAUUUGCACCUUAACUUUUUGACCAGGAUAGUUUGCUGCGCGACUAUUGCUCAUUUACUGUUUGUGUACAAAUCAAAGGUAGCAUGUAAACUAGGUUUGGCUUCUAAUGACGAACGUCUGGUUUCAUUUUAAACACAGUGCAGUGGAUACUUAAUCCAGCCCAAUUUUGUAUCACUAUGUAGUUCAAAACGCCCAAGAUUAUAUCCACGACAAC